AAGGUCAGAAACGUCGUAAUCAAAACAAAUAGAAUACGAAUUAGGCAGAAAAUUUAAUUUUUUGUUUUUUCAAUAAGCUUUGAGAAAUGAGAUUAAAAUUUUCUAUUUUAAUAAGACUAUAAAGAAUGGAUCUCAUUUAAGAAAUCUAUCGUCAUUUGGGAAUUCCUUUAAAGAACAUUAAGCAGUAUGCUUUUUGAUGAAGCUAUAUGCUUGGGAAUGUAUGAAAAAAUAUUUGAGAGAAAGGGGUGAUAUGGUGCUUGUUAUCCUGCAUGCUAAAGUUGCUCAAAAAUCAUAUGGCAGUGAAAAAAGGUUUUUUUGCCGUCCCCCAUCUGUCUAUCUACUUGGAGAUGGUUGGAGGAAAAAACAGGAGCAAAUAGUUCGAGAUGGUGAAAGUGAGCAAGGCUCUCAAUUAUGCGCUUUCAUUGGGAUUGGAAAUUCUGAUCAAGAAAUGCAACAGUUAGAUUUCAAUGGCAAAGCAAGUACUCAUUAUGUAAAAACUUAUGUCUUUUUAUUUAUUGAUUUCCUUUUCCUUUUUAAUGUAUAUUUUAUAAAAUUGACACCAUGCUGCUUUUCAUUUUUCUUAAAUUUAAGUAAAAUUUUUAAAACAAAUAGAAUGUUGGCACAACUUUUAUCAGAACUUAAAAACAAGGCAAUAAGUCUAGCUGAUUCUUAAUAUAACUUUUUAAAUUAUUUCAAGAAU